AUGGCGGGCUCUGGGAGACCAUGGCGAGCUCUGGGAGACCAUGGCGGGCUCUGGGAGACCAUGGCGGGCUCUGGGAGACCAUGGCGGGCUUUGGAAGACCAUGGCGGGCUUAGGAAGACCAUGGCGGGCUCUGAGAGACCAUGGCGGGCUCUGGGAGACCAUGGCGGGCUCUGGGAGACCAUGGCGGGCUCUGGGAGACCAUGGCGGGCUCUGGGAGACCAUGGCGGGCUCUGGGAGACCAUGGCGGGCUCUGGGAGACCAUGGCGGGCUCUGGGAGACCAUGGCGGGCUCUGGGAGACCAUGGCGGGCUCUGGGAGACCAUGGCGAGCUCUGGGAGACCAUGGCGGGCUCUGGGAGACCAUGGCGGGCUCUGGGAGACCAUGGCGGGCUCUGGAAGACCAUGGCGGGCUUAGGAAGACCAUGGCGGGCUCUGGGAGACCAUGGCGGGCUCUGGGAGACCAUGGCGGGCUCUGGGAGACCAUGGCGAGCUCUGGGAGACCAUGGCGGGCUCUGGGAGACCAUGGCGGGCUCUGGGAGACCAUGGCGGGCUCUGGGAGACCAUGGCGAGCUCUGGGAGACCAUGGCGGGCUCUGGGAGACCAUGGCGGGCUCUGGGAGACCAUGGCGGGCUUUGGAAGACCAUGGCGGGCUUAGGAAGACCAUGGCGGGCUCUGGGAGACCAUGGCGGGCUCUGGGAGACCAUGGCGGGCUCUGGGAGACCAUGGCGGGCUCUGGGAGACCAUGGCGGGCUCUGGGAGACCAUGGCGGGCUCUGGGAGACCAUGGCGGGCUCUGGGAGACCAUGGCGGGCUCUGGGAGACCAUGGCGGGCUUUGGAAGACCAUGGCGGGCUUAGGAAGACCAUGGCGGGCUCUGGGAGACCAUGGCGGGCUCUGGGAGACCAUGGCGGGCUCUGGGAGACCAUGGCGGGCUCUGGGAGACCAUGGCGGGCUCUGGGAGACCAUGGCGGGCUCUGGGAGACCAUGGCGGGCUUUGGAAGACCAUGGCGGGCUUAGGAAGACCAUGGCGGGCUCUGGGAGACCAUGGCGGGCUCUGGGAGACCAUGGCGGGCUCUGGGAGACCAUGGCGGGCUCUGGGAGACCAUGGCGGGCUCUGGGAGACCAUGGCGGGCUCUCGAAGACCAUGGCGGGCUCUGGGAGACCAUGGCGGGCUCUGGGAGACCAUGGCGGGCUCUGGGAGACCAUGGCGGGCGCUGGGAGACCAUGGCGGGCUCUCGAAGACCAUGGCGGGCUCUGGGAGACCAUGGCGGGCUCUGGGAGACCAUGGCGGGCUCUGGGAGACCAUGGCGGGCUCUGGGAGACCAUGGCGGGCUCUGGGAGACCAUGGCGGGCUCUGGGAGACCAUGGCGGGCUCUGGGAGACCAUGGCGGGCUCUGGGAGACCAUGGCGGGCUCUGGGAGACCAUGGCGGGCUCUGGGAGACCAUGGCGGGCUCUGGGAGACCAUGGCGGGCUCUGGGAGACCAUGGCGGGCUCUGGGAGACCAUGGCGGGCUCUGGGUGA